AAGUGUCAAGGACGACAUGUGCUUUUCGUGCUAGCAGAACCACUGUCCACUGUCAAAACUGUGUUAACAAACAAACAAAAUGUUUCGCGGAAAACAUGUUAGUUAACACUUGUUUUAGACCAAUUUCUAGUAACUUUUUGUUUGAGAAAGUUCACAUAACUUCGAUGGACUGUCUUUGAAAACCCUGAAGAGGUUUAUAAUGGCGUGGCGCGGAGAUGUUGCUGGGUUUAUUCGAGGUCUUGAAAGCAUUAGGAGGGCACUGGGAGAGUAUCAGGGAAGGGAAUGGCAACGCAUGUGGGUCAAUUCCAGCUUGCGUUCUGCUGUGCAGCAGGCACGCAGCUCAGCACCUGACAUCAAUCCAGAGCAGUUCCAGGCUGUAAUGAAGGAAAGGGUCAGUCAAGUCACAAGCCAAGCAGCAAGUUUAGCCAAUCUGAUCAAAGGUCAAGCUUCUGGUGUGCUUGAGACAUUUCAGUCAGGAGGACAGCUUGAAUAUGGUGUUGUCAAGGAGAAUGCAGUGCAUUCCUCUGAUGAUGCCACGUUGGUGAAAACAGAAAGUAAAAAUAAUAAAGGCCACAGUUCCUCAUCAGCACCCUUUGAAUCUGAUGAGAAAAGCAGCACAGUUUUGAGUGGUGUUCCUAGGUCAAAUGUCACAGUAGGAGAGUCCAGUACACUGGCUGAAUCUGUUCAGGCACGGACAAUGAGUACUCUGACUCUGCAGAAUAGAAAUGUAGGAGAAAGCACAGGUGGCAUUCAGGCUACUGCCAGGACUCAGGCCUCAGCAGGAGGUCUCACUGUGGAUAUGCAUGCUCAGAACGAAAAGGGUGCUAGCUCUUCUUCACCUCCUAGAAUUGUCCAGAAACCUCCACCACAGAAGUUGAGUGACAGAGCAAGAGAACGUCAUGUUCCAGCUAAUAGAAUUAGUCGCCUGAUGAGCUAUGGUGGAUUGGCAGCAGGUCUUGGAGCUGGGGCACUGGCAGAGGUCACACGGAGAACACUUGGCUUGCAGCAAGGUAGCAGAAGUAGUGACAAAGGAGUGUUGGACUCGAACCCAUUUCUUACUGAAGCAAAUGCAGAGAGAAUUGUUAACACCCUGUGUCGAGUGCGAGGAGCAGCUCUCAAGCUGGGCCAGAUGCUUAGCAUUCAAGACAGCUCCAUGAUCAAUCCCCAGUUGCAAGCAAUUUUUGAAAGGGUUCGACAGAGUGCUGACUUUAUGCCAGCACGACAGAUGACGAAAGUGAUGAACAAAGAACUGGGUCCCAGCUGGGAGGACAAAUUUCAAUCCUUUGAAGAGAAGCCUUUCGCAGCAGCCUCUAUUGGGCAGGUACAUCGAGGUGUCCUCCUUGAUGGCAGAGAUGUUGCUAUCAAGAUUCAGUACCCUGGUGUGGGAAAAAGCAUUGAAAGUGAUAUCAACAAUCUCAUGGCUGUGUUGAGUGUCUGGAACAUCCUUCCUGAAGGCUUGUAUGUGGACAGCGUGAUAAAAGUUGCCAAGCGAGAGUUAGCCUGGGAGGUGGACUAUGUUCGUGAGGCAGAGUGUGGCAUCCGCUUCAGGGAGCUGCUCAAGGGAGAUGAGAUGCUUUAUGUGCCAGAAGUGAUUCCUGAGCUCAGCAGAAGGCAUGUGCUGACAACAGAAUUUGUGGAAGGAGUGCCACUGGACAAGUGUGUUGACUUUGAUCAAGAGACACGCAAUAAGAUUGGGUCAGGUAUUCUCCGAUUAUGCUUGAUGGAGCUGUUUCAGUGGCGCUUUAUGCAGACAGACCCAAACUGGUCCAAUUUCCUCUACAAUCCAGUCACUGAAAAGCUUAUUCUUCUUGAUUUUGGUGCCAGUCGGGAGUACAACAAAACGUUUGUUGACACAUACAUAAAGGUGAUUCACAGCGCUUCUGUGGGUGACAAGCAAGGGAUCUUAGAAGGUUCCAGGAAAUUAGGCUUUCUCACAGGCUAUGAGUCAAAGGUGAUGGAAGAUGCCCACUGUGAAGCCGUGCUCAUUCUAGGAGAAGCGUUUGCUAAACACCAAGAGUUUGACUUUGGGCUGCAAAGCACGACCCACCGCAUUCAAACUCUCAUUCCUAUCAUGUUACGACACAGACUUGCACCACCACCAGAAGAAACCUAUUCCCUUCACCGUAAGAUGUCAGGAGCCUUCUUGUUGUGUGCCAAGCUGGGCAGCAAAGUUCAAUGCCACACCAUGUUUGAGGAAAUAUGGAAUAAUUAUGAUUUUGGACAAUAAAGUACAGGGAAAAACUUUUGUUUUGGAAGCUAAUAGUAUUUCUAAUCCCUUCUGGGGUUGUAGUUAUAAAGCAAGAGCAAGUCGUUUCCUUGGGCAAAAUGGAAACUCAAAGAAAAGGGCCUUGUUUCUAAAGCUAUGAAAUGGUCUAAAGACCCUAUAGACACUACUACAUGUUUCUUUAUGACAGGGCACCUUUGCCACUGCUUUAUAAUUGAUGCUUCAGGAGUAAAACAAUAGGAGGGUCUGGACGCUGCUUUGUAAUUGAAGCUUGUCCUUUUAUUCUCCAUGUUGCAACAACUUAUCCUCACUUCAUAAUUACCACUUCUAGAGGAAUGUUUCUUACUACCUCUACUAAUUUCUAACAGUUUUUUUGGCUUCCCUGAUGUAUUUUUUAACUAAUAUUAACUAAGGAAAGGAGUUUCUAAGUAUUAAGUACUUUCUAACCAAUAUUCUCUGGAUUUGUUUUCUCUCUUUUAUUUUCACAGAGCAUAGUUGGAUCCUAAUAGACUCUGAUUUUAAACUUCUUUCAGACACAGCAGCUAUCUUAAAAGUACCUCCCUUCUGCCAGCUGUGCACACAUUGGCGGGAUUGGAACACUGCAAAUUGACUUAAAUCUCACUUUUCUCUACUUUUACACUGUUACCAGUGUUACUGUCAAUGCUAGCCUUUCAACGCCAUUAUAAUCUCUGUUGUAAUGGCAGUUGCCACCUUUGAGGUACAGCUUGUCAUACGGGUAGUCAUUGCUGUGCUGGAUACAGUGUCCUUGCCCAUAAUUAUUGUUAGUUGUGGCUUUUUACUCAGUAAAUAUAAUAAUCUUGUUUUUACUCAAGUAAAUAAUAGUCUUGAUCAAUGUUUGGUUAGAACAGUCAUCGCUCUCAUUGUUGUGAUCAUCGAUUGUCAUCAUCAAGAAAAUAUUAGGAAAAAUCAUCUCAGCCACAUUUUUGCAAGACAACUGAUGCCUAGAGGCAUGUCAUACGAUGGAUGAGCAUGAUGCUUGUGAACAUUGAAAUUAGGUCACUCCAUUUAAAAAAAACUCAGUCCAUAAAUAAAUAAUAUCGCCUAUGGAGAGCCAAUGCUCAUGAGUAGACAGAGGCAGACAAUUCCGGUCGCUUGCGCCAGCUUAAACUGCUUCACGUUUGCGGGAAGGUAUCUCACUAGGGUGGGGACCAUGCUUUGUACAAAGACAUUAGUCUUGAACUCACUGUGCAAGAGUCAGAGCAGCCUCUUCAGGCACUUGGUCUCGAAUGACCAUCAUCUUUUGUCUGAGCAAGGAUUCAUAUUUCACAUUCAAGCAGUAGUUUGUAAACUACCAGGAACUUGUACAGUUUGUACUUAAUAGCAAACUUGAUGGCAUUUCUUCGCUAGAUUCUGUCUAGCCUGGACAUUGCCAUUUGCCAUGGUCACUGUUGCGAUCCUGAUGAGGAAUACUGAAAGCUGUUCGUCUCCUCGAGCUGUACUCUGUUCAUGUAGAUGUCUGCCAUACAUGUUAACUAUGACUUUGCUCUUGUCAGUGCUGGUCUCCAUUCCAUAUUCGUUGGUACUGUCUGUAGGUUACAGUUCACUGCACUUGAAAGCUGCUUCUGGUUGCUUUUCCUUUAUUUCUUCAAGAUCCACCUUUAGUCGGAGAGAUCUAGGAUAUUCGUGAACUAUGGUUAUUUUUUCGUCGUCUGCCUUCAGAGAACCAUUCGGAUGUUGUAAGUAGUACCUCUUUGAUGUUUCCAGCGAGAGUCAAUGUGUCUGCAUCGCAGUUUACCAUAUGGUGGUGAAUAUGCCUCCAGUUUGGGCCUUAAAGAUCUUCGCAGUGUCUGGGUAUUGCAGGGGUCGGCUGAGUGGCUCUGAGCCUUUCAUGACAUCCUGGGCUCCUGAGGUUCAUCAAGACAAGGUCAUGGUCGCCGCCUGUGACCCUAUUCUGUCCUUGUUGAUGUGGCUGUGGAGCAAACAAUUUGGAGUGUCAAGAUGCCAUCCUUGAAUUCUGUGCUGGGUGGAGUAUGUUGGCUUUGGCUCUUCAAAUUUCAGGGAUUAGUGCUGAUCUUAGCAAAUAUCACUAAAAUGCUCCUCCUCGAUCUUUGUGACCUGUUCCAUUGUAGAACUCUUCCACUUCGUCGUCUCGAUGUGGAAUGUAAACUGACUAGUAAUCGGUCCCAACUCUAGAGAUCAUUGUAUUUUAUUUAAUCAAACAAUUUCUCUCCAAAUUGUUAGGCAUUAACGGACCAACAAAUAAAUAUUUGUAUUAUUUA